AUGGCCAACCGGACGAUCAAAGACGCGAAGACAGUCCACGGAACCAAUCCUCAGUAUCUCAUAGAGAAGAUCAUCAGAACUCGUAUUUAUGAGUCCAGGUAUUGGAAGGAAGACUGUUUCGCACUCACCGCGGAACUGAUUGUCGACAAAGGGAUAGAACUUCGAUAUAUCGGAGGAAUAUAUUCCGGGAAUAUAAAGCCGACGCCAUUCCUAUGUCUAGUCCUGAAACUCCUUCAGAUACAGCCCGACAAAGACAUUGUCAUCGAAUUCAUACGUCAGGAGGACUUCAAAUACAUGCGAGCGUUGGGCGCCUUUUAUCUGCGGCUUAUCGGCAGCUCUUCCGAUGUCUUCAAGUAUUUGGAACCGCUUUAUAACGAUUACAGAAAACUGCGGCGAAUGGGGAAAAUGGGAACCUUUGAUAUCAUACAUAUGGAUGAGUUCAUUGACCUGUUGUUACGCGAAGACCGUGUCUUCGAUGUCAUUCUUCCGCGUAUUCUUAAACGCAAAGUACACGAAGAGAGCGGAGAAUUGGGUCCAAGAGUUAGUGUUCUCGACGACGACUUGGAGGCAGAGGCGGACUCAGAGGAAGACCAGUCCAAUGACGAAUCGUAUGACACGUCGCGACCCGAUCGCCGCCAAAGAAGCAGAUCCCCAGUGCGGAGACGUCGAAGUCGUUCGCCUCCCACCAGAUCCAGGCGUUCGAGGUCUCGAUCCCGAGAGAAACGAUCGGAAAGAGAGCGCCCGGAAAGGGAGAGACGGGAGAGGAAGCGCUCGAAGUCACCGAAACGGGAGAAAAGCAAACGCGAAAAGAAGGCGAAGAAUGAGCCAAAGGACCCAAAAUUGGACGAAAUAGCGGAAGCGAACGCAUUGAGGGCUAGACUCGGACUCAAACCAUUAAAGCCAUAA